AUGACCAAAGAACGACUGCGAGAAAAAGAGGCCAGUUCCAGACUGCUGUCCAGCCAGGAUGACGUAAAGAAGAACGUCCGACAACUGGAGGAAGAGAACCUGGAGUUGCGUAGACACCUCCAACGCCUACAGGCACAAAUAAUUCUCCAGGAUGAGGCACACAUGAAUCAACUGGAGGAGGUGAGCAAGCGCAAGAACGCAAAGAUUGAGGCAGAAUUGGAGAAGAAGUGCAACGCUCUUAUGCAUUCUGAGAAGGUGCUGCAAGCCAAGGAACGCAGCCACCGGCAGCGAAUAAAGGGCCUAGAAGAACAGGUGGGUCUUAUGGUUGUUUAA